AUGGCGAAGUGGUGGGGAGCUGCUACAGACCACCUGAUGGGAACUGAGCACAAGACGAGGCCUUUUCCAGACAGCUGGAAGAAGCGUCACACUUGCCAGCCCCAAUCCUCCCAGGAGACGGGAUCUGCCCGGCGCCCGGUGACGUCCGAAGCGUCUCGGGCUGCCAUUGGCGGACGGGCUCUGGCGGAGCCAAUCGCGGGGCGAGGCGGGUCCUGGGGCGGGUCUUGGGUCGGCGCGAGGCUCGUGGGGCCGGUGCGGGCGCGGUGCCGGAGCGGAGCGGAGCGAUGGGGCCGGGCGCUGUGGCUGGGGCUGCUGCUGGGGGUCCUCGGCGGGGCAGCGAGCGAGCUCCAUUCCCUGCAGUACUUCCACAUUGGGGUGUCAGAGCCCAGCCCGGGGGUGCCCCAGUUCGUGUCCGUGGGGUACGUGGACGGGAACCUCAUUUCACGCUACGACAGCGAGACGGGGAGGACGGUGCCUGGGGCGGACUGGAUGAGGGACAACCUGGAUCAGCAGUACUGGGACGGGCAGACCCAGAUUGCACAGAGCAAUCAGCAGGUUAACCGUGUGAACCUGGACACAGCGCGGGACCGCUACAACCAGAGCGGGGGGGCUCACACGCUGCAGCGCAUGUACGGCUGUGACCUCCUGGAGGAUGGUAGCACCAGGGGGUAUUGGCAGGACGCCUACGUCGGGAGGGACUUCAUCGCCUUUGACAUGGACACGAUGACGUUCACUGCGGCGGACGCAGCAGCGCAAAUCACCAAGAGGAAGUGGGAAGCGGACGGGACUGUCGCUGAGCGAUGGAAGCACUACCUGCAGAACACCUGCGUUGAGUGGCUGAGGAAAUACGUGAGCUACGGGCAGGCCGUGCUGGAGAAGAAAGAGCGCCCCACGGUCCGAGUGUCGGGGCAGGAGACCCCCGGGAUCCUGACCUUGCACUGCCGCGCUUACGGCUUCUACCCGCGGCCCAUCACCGUCAGCUGGCUGAAGGACGGCGAGGUCAGGGACCACGAGACCGAGCGGGGCAGCAUCACGCCCAACAGCAACGGCACCUACUACACCUGGGCCUCCAUCACGGCCCGCCCGGAGGAGAAGGACAAGUACCGGUGCCGCGUGGAGCACGCCAGCCUGCCCGAGCCCGGGCUUUUUGCGUGGGAGUCGGAGUCCAACCUGUUGGCCAUCGUGUUGGGCGUGAUUGUUGCCAUCCUGGCUGUCAUCGCCAUCAUCGCUGGAGUCGUCAUUUUGAAGCAGAGAUCGGGGAAGAAGGGCUACGGCAUGGCGUCAAGCACGGACAGGGGUGCUGGCAGCUCGGCCCAAGUGAUGAACGCCUAACCGCUCCACGAGGGACUGGGGGGCUGGAUGCGGCCCCCUGCCCUCUCACCGGCUGGACACAGAGGUGCUGGAGGCGGCUGGGAGCUGCCCGCAGAGAGCUGGUCACGCUGCGCCUGCCCACCCCGAUACACUGGGGGCUCUUCUGGCUGGGUGAACUGCCUUCUUUACAAUACUUUUAAAAUCCUGGUGCCUGGGCUGCUCUGGCAGCCUUGGGUCGAGGGCUGAGCUGGUUUUAUGUGGGAUAGAGCUGAUUUUCUUCACAGCAGCCCAGCAUGGUGAGGUGUUUAGGAUUGCAUUGGGUCUGGCUGAGAUGGAGUUAAUUUUCCUCAUAUUAGCCCAGUUUCAGCUGAGAGGGUUAAUCGUCUUCAUAGUCAGUAGCAUGGGGCUAUGGUUUGGAUUUGUGCCGGAAGCAGUGUUGAUAACAGAGAGACGUGUUUGUUAUCUGGAGCUGUUGUUGUUGAGCAGUGCUUCCCCAGAGCCAAGGCCUUUGCUGGUUCUGGCACGGCCCCGCCAGCGGGAUGGCUGGGGGUGCCCAAGGAGUUGGGAGGGGACACAGCCAGGACAGCUGACCCCAUGGACCAAAGGGAUAUUCCAUCCCAUAUGAUGUCAUGCUCAGUUUAUAAGGGGCUGGGGGAAGGGGAAGGUGAGGAGAUGGCUGUAUUCACAGUGAUGGCGUUUGUCUUCCCAAGUAACCGUUGCGCGUGACAGAGCCCUGCUUUCCUGGAGAGGGCUGAACAGCUGCCUGCAAUGGGAAGUGGUGAAUGAAUUCCUUGCUUUGCUUUGCUUGUGCACGCAGCUUUUGCUUUAGCUAUUAAAUUGUCUUUAUCUCAACCUAUGAGUUUUCUCACUUUUACUCUUCCAAUUCUCUCCCCCAUCCCGAUGGGGGGGAGUGAGCGAGUGGCUGCGCGGUGCUCAGCUGCUGGCUGGGGUAAAACCCCGACAGUCCUUUUUGGCACCCAUUGUGGGGCUCGAAGGGUUCAAGAUAAUGACAGAUUUGAUUGGAAUAUGCUACAUUGAAUUUAUAGUUCUUGCUCUUUAGCUGUUAAUUGGCAGCUUCCUGUGCUUGCCCUGGGCCUUGCUUGCCUUACUGUAUGUUACAGGCUAGUGCUCGUUAGUGGCUGCUUUUUGCUUUUGCUGCUCGCCGUACUGCUUAUCACCUUACCGUGCUGUUCCUGGGAACAUUUUGAUAACAGCAAUGGCAACGUACCCGGGCUGGCAGGUGCCCAGGGCAACGCUGCUGUUCCUGUGCUGUUUGUUAUAACUUUUGCCAAGCCGCUAUCUUUUGUAGUUGCGCGGAGUUUUAAGUAAAUUUGUGAUGUUUGAA